AGGGGAUUCGAUCCCAAUUAUUUCCUUCUCAAGAUAAAUCCUUGCUUGUUUCUCCCUCCAAGAAAAAAAUCCCCUGAUUGCUCGAGGUUUUUUCUGCUUUGAAAGAUCCAUAGCAAAAACGAUGUCGUUGCCGGAGAGGAAGAUUACUCUGAUGAGCUCGGAUGGCGAAUCGUUCGAAAUAGACGAAGCGGUGGCGUUGGAAUCGCAGACGAUAAAGCACAUGAUCGAGGACAAUUGCGCGGAUAACGGAAUACCGUUGCCCAAUGUUACGAGUAAGAUCUUGGCGAAGGUGAUCGAGUACUGCAAAAAGCACGUGGAGGCUCCUAAGACCGAUGAUCGAGCCGCUGAUGACGAGCUUAAAAGUUGGGACGCUGACUUUGUCAAGGUCGAUCAAGUCACUCUCUUCGAUCUCGUUCUGGCAGCAAACUAUUUGAACAUCAAGGAUUUGUUGGAUCUUACUUGUCAAACCGUUGCUGACAUGAUCAAGGGAAAGACCCCAGAAGAGAUCAGGAAGACUUUUAAUAUCAAGAAUGACUUCACCCCUGAGGAGGAGGAGGAGGUUCGUCGCGAGAAUCAAUGGGCAUUUGAAUGAAGUAUUGGCAAUCUGGAUUUCAUGAAGUUUAAUUUUACCAAUCUUCUAUGUUAGAUGUAGUUAAUUGCUCUGAAUUUUCAUCUUUCUUUGUUUUCUUGGGUACUUUGGAUUUUACGACUUUUUAACUCUUUAAGCGACUAUAUAUUCCUGCCUGUUCAUACAUUUUCACCAAGCCAGUCGUAUCAAAUUAUUUUCUAUA